AUGUGGGUCAAUUCUGGAAGCGUCGGAAGGGCCCUCUCCAUGGAUAUAGACACAGAUUAUGAGCGUCCUAAUGUGGAGACCAUAAAGUGUGUGGUGGUGGGUGAUAAUGCGGUGGGCAAGACCCGACUGAUCUGUGCCCGUGCCUGCAAUGCCACCCUUACUCAGUACCAGCUGCUUGCCACCCACGUGCCAACUGUCUGGGCCAUCGACCAAUACCGUGUGUGCCAGGAGGUGCUGGAGAGGUCACGAGAUGUGGUGGACGAGGUCAGUGUCUCCCUCAGGCUGUGGGACACAUUUGGAGAUCAUCACAAAGAUAGACGCUUCGCUUAUGGCAGAUCAGAUGUGGUAGUGCUGUGCUUCUCUUUGGCCAAUCCAAACUCCCUGCGCCAUGUCCGCACCAUGUGGUUCCCUGAGAUUAAGCAUUUCUGCCCCCGCACCCCGAUCAUCCUGGUGGGCUGCCAGCUGGACCUGCGCUAUGCUGAUCUGGACGCUGUUAACAGGGCUCGCCGGCCUCUGGCCAAACCCAUCAAACCCACAGACAUUCUUCCCCCAGAACGAGGCCAUGAGGUCGCCAAGGAACUUGGCAUUCCAUACUAUGAAACAAGCAUCGUCGCUCAGUUCGGUGUAAAGGAUGUUUUUGACAAUGCUAUCCGUGCUGCACUCAUCUCUCGACGCCACCUUCAGUUCUGGAAGUCCCAUCUAAAGAAGGUUCAGCGUCCCCUCCUUCAGGCUCCCUUUCUUCCUCCCAGACCACCAAGACCUGUUGUGGGCAUCCCUGAUCCUCCUCCCAUUGAUGGAGAAGGUCCGGACUCUCUUUUCUGCCAACCGUUGUGUGGAGACGUCCUGUUUCUCCUCCAGGCCGGGGCCACUCGUGUCUUUGCCCACAAGGUGUUCCUGGCCACUUCCUGCUCAAAGUUCUAUGACCUUUUCACCAUGGAUCUUGGAGAGGCAGGGAUGGAGCUGGAGGGUGAGGAGAGCUCAGAGGGGAGCGAGGAAGAGGAGCAAAGCCGUAGAGGAGCCAAAGAGCAGGCUGGGCGUACCAAGAGCCUGGACAUUGAUAAGGAGAGUGAAGGAGGCACAAGGGGUUCAGAUAGGCUGCUCAUGUUGCAGCAAGGCUCACUGAGGACUUCACAGAGCGAUAACGCUCUGCCUGCCAGGGACCAGCACUCUAUAGGACCUCUGGGAUCAGGCCGUGCUCUUUUGGGAUGGGGGCGUGGUUUCUUGGGGGUAUACUUGGAGAUGGUGGAGGACCCUGUGACAGGUUGUCCGAGACUCAUGACAGUAGUUUCAAUGGAUGAUCUCAUUCAGAAGGGGCCUUUCCAGGCAGUGCUGCAGUACUUAUAUACGGGUCACCUGGAUGAGACACGUGGGGAUCUGAUGCAUGUGGCCACCAUCGCCGAGCUUCUGGAGGUCUUCGACCUCCGUAUGAUGGUGGCCAACGUCCUGAACCGUGAGAGCUUCAUGAACCAAGAGAUCACCAAAGCCUUCCAUGUGCGUCGUGCCAACCGCAUCAAAGAGUGCCUGAGCAAGGGCACCUUUGCUGAUGUGGUGUUUCGACUGGACGACGGGUAUCUGCCAGCCCACAAGCCACUGCUCAUCUCAAGCUGUGAUUGGAUGGCAGCCAUGUUUCGUGGAUCUUUCAUGGAGAGUUACAUUGAAGAGGUCUCUGUCCCCAACACCAGUUGUGCCUGCAUGAGAGCCGUUCUGGAGUUUUUGUACUGUGGUGUGUUAACACCUUGUCCUGAACUGGAGCCAAUGGACCUUAUAAUACUAGCCAACCGCCUCUGUCUUCCCCACCUUGUAGCUCUUACAGAGCAACAUGCCGUUGAGGAGCUGUUGCAGUUGUCCGUUAAAGGGGUGGACAUUGAUGGCCAUGUGCUGGCCUAUCUGGAGAUGGCUCAGUUCCACAAUGCCAAGCAGCUCUCUGCCUGGUGUCUGCAUCACAUCUGCACCAACUACAAUAGCGUUUGUCGAAAAUUCCCUAAAGAUAUGAAGACGAUGUCUCCGGAAAACCAGAAACACUUUGAGAAGCACCGCUGGCCCCCUGUCUGGUUCCUGAAGGAGGAAGACCGCUACCUUCGUUCUCAAAAAGAGCGAGAGCGUGAGGAGGAGAUCUUACGCAAGCAGCACACCAAACGGGGCUGGUGUUUCUGGAGACAUCCAUCCUCCUCAGCACCCCACAUUUCCUGAGGGUCCGUGUCCAUCCAUCCAUUCAAACCCUCUGUACCCCUCUCCCUCAUCUCAGUCCAGAGGCAUGUAGCCAAGCCUGGGGAGCCCUGUUUCUGUGCAUCCAUCCCGACUGCUGGAAGCGAGUCUGGGUCUUCUUUGCCUCUGAGCUUUAACCUUCCCUCCCGCUUUGGGCCUUAGCCGGCUGCCCGCCACGAGAGCUCGAAGCAUAUGUGUCAUUAAAUGGGAGACGGCUCAGAGAAAGUCGGAAUCUUUCUCACUCUCAAUGCUACAUGUUCUACUGUGUGAAUGCAACAGGUCUCGCCGCAGCAUCACAUAGGGAAUGGCAUCAUUGCAGUGACCUGCUUUCGCCUCUUAAGACUGUUAUUAUUAUACAAGACCACACACGCACUCACACCAGCACCCCGUCUGAGCGCUGGCGCUCUGGGAAAACCAUCAUGUUCAAUGCCUACAAGCUGAAACAUAGCUUAGCUUUGAAUACAAAUAGCAACUAAAAUGGUGGCAGGGAUAUAUAUAAAAUAAAUUGUUCAGAUAAAGGGGCUAUUGCCCUUGCCUGUAUUCUCACUAAAAACAGUUCUCCAUUUUGGAUCUUCCAUUGCCCCAUAUUGGCUCUGAAUACCAAUCGUGUUGCCUACUGAAGAACUCUUUUUUUCAGAUUGCUUACCCUGUUACUAAAUUUUGCUCGUGUGGUAGAACAGAAGGGGUGUGUAGUUCAGGUCUGUCACUCACUAAAAAACUCAAGGCCAGCACCAAAGACAGACAUACACACAGACAACUCAUUCAAACACAAACGCCUUACCAAAAUCUGCAGAAACAAAAAGUUGACAGCAAGUAAACUACAGAAUUAGGGCUAUUUUACCACUGCCAGGACAGUAUUAACAGUCACGGCUGUUAUACGACGUUCUGUAGAUUGAGCUUUGUGAUAUGACCACUAGCAAGCUCCUCGACUUGCUUGCCUUUCACCUCCACCACUGGGGGGCGUCCAUGCCUUCUGAGUUUACCCUGCUUUCGAAAGUAUUAGCUCCUCAUUUGUUUGUUUCAGAUCUUCAAAUCCUUGUGAAAUGCACUUGUUUUUGUAGCACUACUUCAAUCUGAGAUAUUGGCAAACCAAAAAGUAGAUUGCAAUGUUUAGUAUUCCUUCGCCACUCCCCUCUAUUACUCCUCUGCUCCUCUACCUCUGCAGUUAGCCAAACUGAGGGAGAAACUAUGGAUCCACUUCCUGUAGUGUUUGAUACGUUGCAAUGUGAUGCUUCACUUUGCACUUUACAUACGCAGAUACAAUCGGUGCUCAGGAUUAACCGGCUAAAUGUCACAGCGUUCAACCUUUCACACAUUAUAUAUUUUAAGGGGCGGUUACACUAGACUUUGUGCAACAGUUGAUGUGAUGUCACGCUAUGUUGUGUCUUUAAUUCCACUAAGCUGUCAAGCUAUGACACAAUGAUCUUCAAUUGGUCACACAAGUUUGCAGGUCAGAGUUCACCAAACGUUGAAUGUUGUUUUUCUAGUAUCCAACAUUUGCAUGCAUAUAUAUGCAAUAAAAGUGUAGUGUGACCGCCUCUUUACACGAGUUUACCUGUUUUGACAAUCUUAAUAACAGAAUAUCCCAACAUAAGCUGUAAAUCAAAAGCGUAUCCUUUCUUAAACGAAAAGCUUUCGAUUUCACGCUUUGAAACAGGUUUUGUGGUUAAAUUGACAGUGAUACGCUAACAGCCAGUUUCGGUUUGGUUUCUCUUUCAGACAUGCAUGCGCUGUGAAGUGUUGUUAGCAUCCGUUUGCUGUCUCGACUGCCUUCCAUCUGAAAACAUGAGUGCCUAUGACCAUUGUUACACUUUCCCUCUCCUACAUUCAAGUAUUUCUCGGUGAAGCAUGUUUGUUUUGCCCGUUUCGUGCCUUUUAACACAAGUGUUUUGAAUAGCUACUUUGGAGGUGAGUGAGAAAUUGGAGACAUUUUAAGUUUCCCAUGCCUAUUUCCAUCUCUUCCAUUUCUAUUUCUGGCUUUCUGAUUUCGCUUCCUCGAGGCUGCACACUGCUUUUCACACCAGACGAGCUGAAAUCAUCAACAGCUACAAAAAUAGACACGCAGAGCCCAUGUGCUCAGAGAGGCCGAUCUGCACACAAAAUAAUAAAUAAAUGAAAAAUAAAAGGGAAACAUAGAGCAGACGCUGUAUGGCUGUAUGCUACCAUCUUCACCCAUGGGGCACUUUUGUAGGUUCAUCCCACUAAGACGCUUUAUUUAUAGGGGCAGACAAAUAAAUGAAUGUUUAUAGAUGCCACACUAUGCCUAAAGGCUUAAUAAUUAGUAAAAUUAUGAAUGUAAGACCUUACUGUGUAUUUGCAGACUGGCUCUGUGAUAAAUUCUGUACUUGAUCGCAGCUCUCCUGUCUGCCCCUUGGAGUUAAAUAAGAACAAUUUGAGAACACUUCAAACAUCAACCUGCUUGUUGGGAUGGAAAGCGUUGUUGGGCUUGUUAGCACUUUUUGUUCUUCGACUAUUUGCUUUUGCACUUUUAUUUUAGAGUUGGUCUGCCUUUGAUGUGCAUGGCAUUGACUGUUUCCAAACUACGGCUUUUUAAAACAUUUUGUAGCAUGGAAUAGUUUCUUCCAUUAAAACGGUGCUCCUUAUGGCCCUGCGUAUUUUGUGCUUGCGUAAAAACAAAAAAUCCCUCAUACAUACUGUAAGCCUUUUAUGUCGAUUGCUCAAAUCUUUGUACCUUCUGCUUUAAUCGAAUAUGCCUUCAUUGACUUCAAGGACAUGUGAUGCGUUUUCUGUUGAAAUUAGGUGGUGUAGUAGAUUUCAAAUAAACAGUAUUAGAAAGGUGUAUUAUUAGUCAUUAAAAGGAUGGUUCACCCUAAAUGCGUAUUCUGUCAUUUGCUCACCCUCAUGUUGUUUCAACAUGUUUUAUGUGAAUUUAUUGCUUCUGAAGAACACAAAAGAAGAAGUGUGUGGUAUCCAUGAAGUCAAAGGCAUUAAAAUCAACUUUAUUGUAUGGACAAAACAUUCUUAUGUUCCACAGAAAAGGUCAUACAAGUUUGAAAUGACAUCGGGGUGAGUAAAUGAUGAAAGAAUGUUCAUAUUUAGGUGAACAAUUGCUUUAAAUUGAGAGAUUGAUUCAGACAGUGUCUAACAACAGGAAAGACAAUAACUGCUUGCUAAAUAUGCACUUUAGCUUAAAAUUUGAUACAAAUGAGAUUCUGUCAAUUUAACAAAUUGUAAAGUAUUUAUCGGUGCAUGUUUACAGGUAAGAUGUGCAUGGGAAUGGGCGAUGCGCUAACUUGUAUGUAAUUAUGAAUAACAGUAGCUUUCAUUACUGAGGAAUUAUCAUGCACUUUCAUCAUGUUAUUGAAUAAAUAAAAAAAUCGGAGCCCUUAUUACAACUUUUAAAAAAUCCAUCCAAAACCCUUACAGAUACUUAAUGUUAUACUAAAUGUUUGUCAUGUACAUUAUUAUUGACACAUUGUGGUUGUAGUUCUAUUUAUUUAAUAACAGUUCAGCAUUAGAAUCCCACUAGUUUAAAAGAAAUGUGAGAGCACUUGAGAAUUGUGGUCUAUUGUUGUGUUACCGUGCCUUUAAUUAAAAAAUAACGAAACAAAAAAAAAAAACAAUUCUGAAAAGAGGUCACUGCCUUUAGUUUUGAUCAAGGUAAUUGUAGUGCACUAACACGUACACACACACACACACACACACAACACCACAAGCUUUAGCUGACAGCCAUCAGACCACUAUUGCUCCUUCUGCAUGUCUGUGGCCAGCAUGUAGCAUUACCCUCUGUUCUUUGAGUGAUGAUGUGUAAUAUUUUUAUGCUUUCCCCCCUAACAUUUUUGAUGUUUUCAUCCCUCUCUGAUAGUGCUGUGUUGAGUGGAAACCUGUGCUUGUGGUGAACAGUGACUAUAAGCGUUUGGAUGAGAGUGAAUGUAAACACAUGCACAUUAACCGCGCCAGAGGCACACUGGCACCCUCUACAGUUUUUACAAGGCUAAGGGUAAUAGAAAUUGGUAUAUGACAGGAGAUAUGUUACACAACAUUUUAUUUUGGAACAUGACUUUGGUUUAGGUGCCCCCCCCCCCUCUUUUUUGUUGUUGUUGCAAAAUACUAAUGCCAGAGAGCAUUUAUUGUGGUGAUUUUUAAUUAUUUUAUAAAAACACUCAACAUUUAUAAUAAACUGGAAAGGUUAACCACAUCUUACUGCUUGUAUAAUUAACAAUCUGACCUCAGGUCAUAGGCAGAGUCCACUUCAAGCCCGUGUUAGCUUCUGUGUUUCAACAGAGGGGCUUUCAAACCAACUUCCUUUAUGUGCUUCUUCAUCUCCAUGAAAGAAAAGGGCCGUAUUACUGAACAACAUCUGUCAAUUAUAGUAGAGCAAAUGUAUGCCCUUUGGCAGACGCUGUCCCGCUUUCCACUUGUGGUGAGUUGUCCUUGCCAUUUUUUGUCUUCUUGAGGUGAGGUAGGUGUCUCUGACCGUUGACCCUACCGCUGACCUCUCUUCCUCUUUCAAAUCUGUGACUAUUUAAAGCUGUUUUGCACUUUGUGGUUUUCUUUUAACUUCUUAGUUUGAUUAUUGUUUCUGAUACCCGUUCUGUAAUUAUUGUUCUUGUUCUGAACCAGAAAAAGCACACACACACACCAUAUACACCAUACACACUACUAAGGGCUUUUAAAAUACAAAAUCAGAAUGUUUUGCUGCUGUUGCAAAAAGAAAAAAGAAAAAAAAAGUUUUAUUGAAUCGUUUGUAAUAUUUUUUAACAACUGUGAUUUGUACAAAAUGGAGCAAAAAAGGGGUUGGAAAAAAGGUUAUCUGUUUCAGUAUUUUAAUGUUUGCUUGGCUUUUAAUAAAAACUUAACUGAACUCA